AUGUCUUCAGUUUCAGAACCCACCACAGUCGCCGCAAAGGCUGUUGUUGAUCCGGGCUCGCCAGCAUGCAGUGACACCACCCUCCACGAUGGUGAUGUCGCCAUCGAGAAGUGCCAUUCAAAAGUGAUGGAAGCUCUCGAGCUUGAUUUUCCUCCCACAACAAAGACCGAGCUGGACUUGGAAGCUCAAACCACUGAGCCUCGUCGCCAGCCCAAAAUCUUCGCGUCUGUUCGUUAUGCAGUGCUCACUCUAUACCGACGUCUUUUCACACUUGUCUUCCUGGCCAAUUUGGGAUUUUUCAUCGCCGUCAUGGUCAAAAAAGAUAACCAGACUGCCUUGUCUUUGAUCAAUGCCUCAGCUACCAACCUGCUGGUCUGCGGCCUGGCCCGCCAGCCACUGGUCGUCAACGCCAUCUUCUUCGUGGUCCUCUCCAUGCCGAGGUCAGCACCGCUUCUUCUCCGUCGCACUGCUGCCAAGGUAUACCACUACGGUGGUGUACACAGUGGGUGUGGGGUCGCCUCACUCGUCUGGUACGUUGGAUUCGUGGGCGUCUUGUCUCGUGAAUAUUGGAGCCCAUCACCUGGCCCCGCCAUCGUCAGCACAAUGGCGCCGGUGAUACUCUCGUACAUCAUCCUCGCCAUACUCCUAGCCAUAAUCGUGGUAGCGCACCCCGCAGUGCGUAUGAAGCGACAUGACUAUUUCGAACUCACCCACCGUUUUUCGGGGUGGCUUGUCGUGGCCCUGUUCUUCGCGCUGCUGCUGAUCGUUUCACACGAGGCCAGCCAGUCCCAGGGCAAACCACUAGCCAAGUUCCUCAUCUCGCUUCCAUCUUUCUGGUUCCUGAUCAUUACCAUCAUCGCCAUCAUUCAGCCCUGGUUGCUCCUACGCAAGGUAGCGGUGCGGGCCGAGCCCCUCUCCACCCACGCCACUCGCCUGCACUUCGACCACGCCAUCACCACUUUCGGAAAGGGCAUUCAGCUAUCCAAGCAUCCACUGCGUGAUUGGCACAGCUUCGCCACAUUCCCAGACGCGGCCCCAGCAGGUCCCAACGGUUCCCCAAGCUUUUCCUGUCUGGUCUCCAAAGCCGGCGACUGGACCGCCGAGACAAUCCAGAACCCACCCACGCACCUGUGGAAGCGAGGUGUGCUUCUUUACGGCUUUGCUUAUGCCAUGCGUGUCUUCCGCAGGGUGAUUGUCGUCACCACCGGAUCCGGAAUAGGUCCAUGCUUGUCAUUCCUCGGCGAUGACAACCGGCCCGCUCUGCGUGUACUCUGGCAGACGCGUGCCCCGCUCAAGACAUACGGUGAGGGUGUGAUGAACUUGGUGCGCAGAAUGGAUCCUGAUCCUAUUGUGCUAGACACUGAUCAGGUUGGACGGGUCGAUAUGCUUCCCCUCAUCCUGCAGCAGGUGAAGGAAUUUGAAGCGGAAGCGGUGUGCGUGAUCAGUAACCCUAAGCUGACGGCGCGAAUUGUUUAUGAUCUCGAGGCGCGAGGGACCCCGGCCUUUGGUCCGAUUUUCGAUUCUUGA